AUGUUGGUGAAUCCGUGUUGUAGACCAGCCUUUGCUAAUUUAUUUAUAUCUGAAUUAACCUACAUAAUAAAUUUAAAAAUUAAAAAUUUUUUCACUAAAAAUCAGAAUGCUACUAAAAUACCCGUUCCUGCAGCUUACAACGAUUUAUCAUUCGAAAGGGAUCUACAAAAUCAUGUUGGGUGGGUUUGGUACCAACGCCAUUAUUGGCUACCUAGUACCUUAAUUAAUAAUCAAAAUAAUCGUCCUCGAUCAUUUUUACAUUUUGGAAGUGUUCAGUAUUUUGCUAUAGUGUAUUUAAAUGGUAAAGAAAUUGGAAGGCAUGUAGGCGGACAUUUACCUUUCCAAUUUGAACUGGAAUUAAUACAAAAUUUUCCAAAUUUAAUUACAGUUGCUGUAAACAAUACGCUUUCGAGUUAUACUAUUCCACCUGGCGAAUUUAAUAUUAUAAAUUUGUGA